GGUAUUGUUGACUCUGCCUCUCCCUCUCUCUUUGUGUAUGUAUGUGUGUGUCUCUCUCUAUAUAUAUGUAUAUAUAUAUAUUGUUGCUUGGCUGAAGAGAAGGCAAAAUUAUUUAAUGAUAAUGGAAAUAAGAAAGAAAUAGAGAAUUUCUGAAAGAAAAGAAAUUAUUUUUUUCCGUUCAUAUUUUUAAACUCUUUCUAACGACAUAUCAGAAAGAGGUCAGUUAGUAUCCGCCAUUUUCGGAUCUUCCUUCUUCACACGGGUGUAUUGUUGCUGCAUGUUUUCAUGACAACGUCAUUGAUUUAGACAUUGUAUAUUGGAUUUUAUUCUAUCAGGAUGUUGGAACCAAAGGAGAAAGAGAAGGAGAAGCAAUAUCCGGGAAUCACUUCUCCAAUCAGUUUUGAAGGUCCAAAAAGUUCUGAUCAGGAGUUAUCACACAAAUUGGAGUUAGCACUUAGACCAUAUGGGGUUUUUGAAACUGAGGAGGAGCUUAAUCAUCGUAUGGAAGUAUUGAGUAAAAUUAAUAAUUUGGUCAGAGAAUGGAUCAAAGAUGUUAGCCGUCAAAAGAAUAACAUUCCGGAGAACCGAAUUGCCACUUUUGGUGGAAAGGUUUUCACCUUUGGGUCAUAUAGAUUGGGAGUUCACACUAAAGGUGCUGAUAUUGAUACCUUAUGUAUAGCACCUAGACAUAUUGAGAGAUCCGACUUCUUCACCUCGUUUGGAGAACUUCUUAAACAGCAAAGUGAAGUCAAGGAAUUAAGGGCUGUGGAGGAAGCAUAUGUUCCUGUUUUAAAAAUGGUAUUUGAUGGAAUUGAGUUGGAUAUGCUCUUUUCCCGUCUCGCCCUACCUCAGAUUCCUGAUGAUGUGAACCUCUGUGAUGAAUCUUUGCUAAAGAACCUCCACCAAAAAUGUGUCCGAAGCUUGAAUGGCUGUCGUGUCACAGACGAAAUUUUGCACUUGGUACCAAACAAAGAAGCAUUCAGAAUGACUCUCCGUGCCAUAAAACUGUGGGCCAAAAAACGUUGUAUUUAUUCCAAUUCAUUAGGCUUCUUGGGUGGUGUGUCAUGGGCUAUGCUGGUUGCCCGAGUAUGUCAACUCUACCCCAAUGCUGCUCCCGCUGUUUUGGUGCAGAAAUUCUUUUUGGUCUUUUCUAAAUGGAGUUGGCCUCAACCUGUACUAUUGAAACAUUUGGAACCAGAAAACAAACUGGGUUUCACUGUUUGGGACCCAAGGGUAAAUCAUGCUGACAGAUACCAUCUAAUGCCCAUCAUAACACCUGCAUAUCCUCAGCAAAACUCUACGUUCAAUGUUACAUUAUCCACCAAAACUAUCAUGAUGGAUGAGUUUAAAGAAGGUUUGGAAGUUGUGUCUCGAAUCUUGGAAAACAAAGAAGAUUGGAGUAAAUUAUUUGAACCAGCACCAUUUUUUCAAAAAUACAGACAUUACAUUGUUGUUAUAGCACGAGCAGAGACAGACAUGCAUUAUUUAGAAUGGCAUGGUUACAUUGAGUCAAAAAUUCGUUUGUUAGUAGGCAAUCUAGAAAGAAAUAGGUACAUAAAAAUUGCCCAUGUCAAUCCUGAAGCUUUCAAGCCACUAAACGAAAGUGAGGAUAAAUAUAUGUGCCAGUGGUUCAUUGGGUUGGAUUUUAAUAAGUUUGAAACCAUAAAUGUAGACCUGACUCAUGAUAUUCAAGGUUUCAUAGAUAUUGUUUACAAACAGGCUGUCCAAAUAAAACUGUACAAAGAGGAUAUGACAAUUGAUAUAAAACACGUAAAGAGGAAACAGCUAGACCAAUACUUACCAAAGGAUGUGUUAAACCGGGGCAAAUUAAAUAAAGACCGAAGGAAAACUUCUAGUGAAGGGAAAUGCCAAGGAAACACUAGUUUAAAUACUUCUUCAACAAGUAGUACCACCACACCAACUAAAACUGCCGUAAAUGGUGGUCUUUCCAACUGUCGGACGGAAACGGAAGUGACACGCCAAAACACUUCGAUUGACAGUUUGGAGGAUUCGAGCCAGGACAUGGUUGACUUGGACUGUUCAACAGCCUCGAAUCUGGCCAACAGUAGUGGUGCUUGCUCUCUACCAAAUGGUGCUGGCGCCAUAAAAGAGACCAACAAACUUUCUGACCAGUGCAAUUCAAUAUCUGGAGCUAGUGAUGACUCAAAUGCUGUUGAGAAUGAAACUUCAGAAUCUGAGGCUAAAGACAGUCAGAGCACUCCUGAUUUGAAUUGUUCCCUAAACAGUUCACGAAAACGCAUACGAUCUCCUCAACAUAAUGAUUCAACCUCCAAAACUACAGGAGAAGAUGAAGAUAGUAUUCCUGAAUCAAAUUGUUCACCGAACAGUUCACGAAAACGCUCAAGGUCACCUCUACAUAAUGACUUGACCCCUAAAAAGAUAAAAGAAAGUGAAAAUGUUCCUGAUUUGAAUUCUUCACCCAACAAUGCAAUGAAGCGUUCACAGUCACCAGUACUUAAUGAUUCAUCUCCAAAACAGACGAAAGAAAAUGAAAGUGUCCCUGAUUCAAAUUGUUCACCGAACAGUUCACGAAAACGCUCAAGAUCACCUCUUCAUAAUGAUUUGACCCCCAAAAAGAUAAAAGAAAGUGAAAGUGCUCCUGAUACGAAUUCAUCGCCCAACAAUCCAAAGAAGCGUUCACUGUCACCAUUACUUAAUGAUUCACCUCCAAAACAGAUGAAAGAAAAAGAAAGUGCUCCUGAUUUGAAUUCUCCACCCAACAAUCCAAAGAAGCGUUCACAGUCUCCAUUACUUAACGAUUCACCUCCAAAACAGCUGAAAGAAAAUGAUGAAUCCAUGUAUGAUGUUCCCGAACUGACCAGUCCAACGACUCAGGUGGCUUCGCAACCUUUUGCUAUUCCACGUAAUGCAAUACGGUUAAAACUUAAAUGAAACGGCUA